AUGGAUUUCUCCGAAUUUAAAAUUAAAAACAUUACUCGAAACUGUGCUAAGGGAGGGGUUAACUAUCUUUAUUUUUUUGAGUUGGAAGAAGUUAUUAGAGUGGAUGGUAAUGAUAUUAGUCAGGUCGGAGUUGAGGCUGAUACUAAUGUCUUAAAUAAUGAUACUCUUGAAGAAGAAAUGCUGAUAAAAGGGGGUUAUGUUAACAUUACUAAUGUAAAAAAAACACCUUAUGUGCAAGAUUACAGAAUUAUAGGAACCAAUCCUGCAAAGACUUUAAUUAUUGAAAGAAAUUGUAGAAUUGAUGUUGAUUUGAGAGGAAUAGCAAAGAUUGUUUGGCAUAUUGAGAAUGGUUUUAAUUUUCAUACUGAUCUAAAUCGAGACCUUUUUGUUUGUCCUGCUGAUGGUUAUUCGGUUGGCAGAGGAGUGAUUAAUAAUGAGGAAUUAGAAACUAUUACUGAUACUAUUGUAAAUUACAUAAGCCAUCAUCAAGGAGAGUUUAGUUUGAAAGGGGAUAGAUUGACCUACAAUGCCUACGGCUUAGGAGAAGAGCAAGCCGGGAGAAUGAGAUACAUAGAAAAAGGAACAGGGGCACAACACCGUUGCCUUUUUCCUAGAUUUUUCUCGGAACAGCAAUAUGAAAGAAUAAAAAAUGCAUUAGGGGAUAAUGUUUCAUGCAAGGUGCCUGGUUGCUACAAUAACUAUGCCGGUACCCGAAAUUAUAAUGAAAUCGAUGAGGUCAGCGUAAUCAAUGGACGUUGCGGUUAUCAUCGAAGAAUGGAAAAUGGAGAUUUGCCACUUCCUAACCAAGAACCAGAAGACCAAACAGCAGGGGCGGGUAUUUCUGAGCACGAAAGAAAACGGAUAAUUAGAAACGCUCUAAAUAAUAAUAAUGAAUUAAAAAGGAUGCUGGAAGCGAAUCCGCAUGUUUCCGAAGAUUUUUUUAAAUUAAAGAAUUUUACCGAGAAAUGGGUUGAACAAUUCCUGAACCAGAACAAACCUCUAAUGAAAUAUGAACCUGCUAGUCUACAAUUUCACCGCUGUGCUUUAAUUUCUUAUGCUAAGUUCAAGAAA